UCUGAACGCUGUCUCGCGAAAACAAUGAUGUGAUUAAAUGUAAUUUAGCUACGAGCUGUGGCUCAAAGCAGCCUCAUAAACGUUUUCAGUCAGACAUUCACAAUUGCCAUAUAGAGUUGAAAUACUGUAUCUAGCCAACAUUUUGAAUUGAAUAACAUUGCUUGCUUGUGAACGUCAGAGCUGUAACAACUUGACACUUUGGCAAGCACAAACGCAUACUAGUAGUGCAUACUAGUAGAUGUCCCUAGUCAUCGCUCCUUCUCCAGUCUACACAUUCUGGGUGAUGCGAAACAACUUCGUCAUCUCGCUGGUUUCUCUUGCGAGCUCUCACUAUUGGUGAUCACCCUCAUAUUGCAUCUCUCGAACCGCUCACAUUAAACUCGCUCACGGACCGGCGUCCCGAGUAGGCAACGAAAUGAGGCAUUUUGUCGUGUAGCGUAUCCAUGCUGUUUGAGGGGAUAGUAAUUGGAAGUAAUUUGGGUAAUCCCAAAAAAUGACGUUACUAAUUACAAUGUUGGACAGGUAACUAGUAACUGUUACAGAUUACACUCCGAAAGCAAGCUACUCAACCCUGAACAGCAUUCUGUGGCAACAUGAAGUUACUCCAGUGUCAAACAAGCCGACAAACAUCAUUCGGUGAACCCGCCUCCUAAGGAAAUGCUAGAGAGCGCGACCACUGAGGUAUAGCGCACGACACGUGAUUUAUUGGCUAGUCAAAAUCCAGUAUGGCGGAAUCUGUGAAUGACUCUCUCACUGGCGUUUUCUCCAACGGGUCCUAAAUUCUACAUGUUCGAUAGAGUCGGAGCUGCAUACGGAGCCUGGAUAGAAAUCACAACAUUCAGGAGGGCGUUUGUUCAGGUUGAAUUCACGGGAGUGAAGAAGCAAGCCAACGGCAAACCCUGAAAGCUGCUUUGUCUAGAAUGAGCCCUUGAGACACCCCUCCCCCCCUUUCAUCAUAGUCUUCCUCGCAGUGUCCAUCCAGCCGGACGGCGGAUGGUGUUCAUCUUACACCCCCAAGAGGAGUACUGAGGCCAUUGUCCUCAUCCUCUUCAUCAGUUUCGCUUCCCAGGAGUGGUACCCUACGAUGAAUUCCUACAGUCGACAAGAUGGACUGCCCAGGAAAGAGCAGCCCUUGGAACUUCUGAAGCCAUCUGGCCUCAACCACAUCCAAUCUGUCGACGUGAGAGCGGCACUGCCCAUGCAGGUGCCCCCGGCCGCCAUCCCCAUGGACCUGCGCAUGGACCAGCCCUUUGGCCUGGCACCGCGACCAGACGACCAGGGCCACCAAGGACAGGUCCCAGGUCUUCGGGAGCAGCAGCUGCAGCAGGAGCUGUUGGCCCUCAAACACAAACAGCAGAUCCAGAGACAGCUGCUCAUCGCCGAGUUCCAACGGCAACAUGAGCAGCUCUCACGCCAGCAUGAGGUCCAGCUACAGGAGCAUGUUAAGCACCAGCAGGACCUCCUGGCCCUGAAGCAUCAGCAGGAGCUGCUGGAGCACCAGAGGAAGAUGGAGAGACACCGCCAAGAGCAGGAGAUGGAGAAGCAGCAGAGGGAGCAGAAACUCCUACUGCUCAAGAACAAGGAGCGUGGCCAGGAGAGUGCGGUGGCCAGCACGGAGGUCAAGAUGCGGCUGCAGGAGUUUGUCCUGAAUAAGAAGAAAGCCCUGGCUCAGCGCAGCCUCAACCACUGCAUGAACACUGACCCACGCUACUGGUACGGGAAGACCCAGCACAGCUCCCUGGAUCAGAGCUCCCCUCCCCAGACAGGGAUGUCCCCUUACAGCCACGCCAUCCUCGGGAUGUACGACCCCAAAGACGACUUUCCUCUCCGCAAGACAGCCUCUGAGCCCAACUUGAAGCUCCGGUCCAGGCUUAAACAGAAGGUGACAGAGCGCAGAAGUAGCCCACUGCUACGUAGGAAGGAUGGUCCAGUAAUCACUACUGCCAAGAAGCGCUCUCUGGACAUGGCUGAAUCGGCCUGCAACAGCGCACCUGGCUCGGGCCCCAGUUCGCCCAACAACAGCUCCAGUAACAUCACCAAUGAGAACGGCAUCGCUAGUACAGUCGAGGCCUCCCUGGCCCACAGGCUGGCCGGCCGAGAGGGCCCCUUGAGCCAGCUGUCUCUGUACACAUCGCCCUCACUGCCUAACAUCACCCUGGGCCUGCCAGCCACCGGCCCGUCCAGCAUGACAUCAGGCCAGCAGGAUGGUGACAGGCUAUCGAUGCAUGAGAGGCUGCAGCAGGGCUUCCCCAUAACCACUCCCUUCAUCCCGGGGGCCCACCUGCCCUCCUACCUGACUGAUGGGGGCUCGGCACACAACCCCCUCCUCCAGCACAUGGUGCUCCUGGAGCAGUCCCAGAACCCACUAGGUCUGUCCUGCUGCCUGGGCGGGCUGCCCUUGCAGUCGCCCUCCAUCCACAAGCUGCGUGGGCAGCACCGUCCCCUAGGGAGGACCCAGUCGGCCCCUCUGCCCCAGAACGCCCAGGCCCUGCAGCAGCUGGUGGUUCAGCAGCAGCACCAGCAGUUCCUGGAGAAACACAAGCAGCAGUUCCAGCAGCAGCAACUGCACAUCAACAAGAUGAUGGCCAAGCCCAGCGAACCAGGGCCGGGUCGACAGCACGAGAGCCACCCGGAGGAGACAGAAGAGGAGCUAAGGGAGCACCAAGCCCUGUGUCCCCAGGAAGGAGUCCUCAUGCGCGGGGUGACGGUCAAGCAGGAGCCCCCGGACCCUCAGGAAGAGGAGAGGGACAACCGAGAGAGGAUGGUCGACCAGGAGCUGCUCUUCAGACAGCAGGCUGUGUUAUUGGAGCAGCAGAGGAUGGUCCAGUUAAGGAACUACCAGGCUUCCAUGGAGUCAGCCGGCCUGUCAGUCACCUUCCCAAUGCACCGCCCCCUUUCCAGGGCCCAAUCAUCUCCCGCCUCGGCCUGCUUCCCCCCCAUUGUGGUACAGCAGGAGCCGCCCACCAAGCCUCGCUUCACCACUGGCCUGGUGUAUGACACGUUGAUGCAGAAGCACCAGUGUAUGUGUGGCAACACCAACACACACCCCGAGCACGCCGGACGCAUCCAGAGCAUCUGGUCCCGACUGCAGGAGACUGGACUGAGGGGCAAGUGUGAGUGUAUCCGAGGGCGGAAAGCCACUCUGGAGGAGUUGCAGACGGUUCACUCUGAGGCCCACGUCCUUCUGUAUGGAACCAACCCACUCCGACAGAAACUAGACAGUUCAUUGACUCCCAUGUUUGUGAGGCUGCCUUGUGGAGGGGUAGGGGUGGACAGCGACACCAUUUGGAACGAGGUCCACUCGUCCAGCGCGGCUCGUCUGGCUGUGGGUUCCGUUGUGGAGCUGGUCUUCAAAGUGGCGGCUGGAGAGCUCAAGAACGGCUUUGCUGUAGUCCGGCCCCCUGGACACCACGCGGAGGAGAGCACACCUAUGGGAUUCUGUUACUUCAACUCCGUGGCCAUCGCAGCUAAACUUCUGCAGCAGAGGCUCAGUGUCAGUAAGAUCCUGAUCGUGGAUUGGGAUGUUCACCAUGGAAAUGGCACGCAACAAGCAUUCUACAGCGACCCCAACAUUCUCUAUCUGUCACUCCAUCGCUACGACGAUGGCAACUUCUUCCCCGGCAGUGGAGCGCCUGAUGAGGUGGGCACUGGGGCAGGCAUGGGCUUCAAUGUGAACAUGGCUUUCACUGGGGGGCUAGAACCACCCAUGGGAGACGCAGAGUACCUGGCUGCCUUCAGGACGGUGGUGAUGCCCAUCGCCAAUGAGUUUUCUCCUGACGUGGUUCUGGUGUCUUCAGGAUUCGAUGCUGUGGAUGGCCACGCAUCACCCCUGGGAGGGUACAAGCUAACAGCCAAAUGUUUCGGAUACCUGACCAGGCAGCUGAUGGGGCUGGCCGGGGGACGCCUGGUACUGGCCCUGGAGGGGGGCCAUGACCUCACUGCCAUCUGCGAUGCCUCUGAAGCCUGCGUCUCUGCUUUGCUAGGAAUCGAGGUAAGACUAAGAAUGAGGGAGGGGUUUCUAUAAUUGUUGUCAAUAAUUUGCCACUGCACCUGUUUGGGGAGACUGUCUCUACACAUGUAGUCCAAUCACAGGCUCAGCCAGAGGUGUGAUGCUUAAAGGGCCUUGGCCCAAUGUUUCCGCCAAGGGAGAGAGGUGGAGAGAAAGAGAGACCCUGGAACAAUGAGUUGACAGAGAGGUGGAGAGAAAGAGAGACCCUGGAACAAUGAGUUGACAGAGAGGUGGAGAGAAAGAGAGACCCUGGAACAAUGAGUUGACAGAGAGAGGUGGAGAGAAAGAGAGACCCUGGAACAAUGAGUUGACAGAGAGGUGGAGAGAAAGAGAGACCCUGGAACAAUGAGUUGACAGAGAGAGGUGGAGAGAAAGAGAGACCCUGGAACAAUGAGUUGACAGAGAGGUGGAGAGAAAGAGAGACCCUGGAACAAUGAGUUGACAGAGAGAGGUGGAGAGAAAGAGAGACCCUGGAACAAUGAGUUGACAGAGAGGUGGAGAGAAAGAGAGACCCUGGAACAAUGAGUUGACAGAGAGGUGGAGAGAAAGAGAGAGUCUGGAACAAUGAGUUGACAGAGAGGUGGAGAGAAAGAGAGACCCUGGAACAAUGAGUUGACAGAGAGAGGUGGAGAGAAAGAGAGACCCUGGAACAAUGAGUUGACAGAGAGGUGGAGAGAAAGAGAGACCCUGGAACAAUGAGUUGACAGAGAGGUGGAGAGAAAGAGAGAGUCUGGAACAAUGAGUUGACAGAGAGGUGGAGAGAAAGAGAGACCCUGGAACAAUGAGUUGACAGAGAGAGGUGGAGAGAAAGAGAGACCCUGGAACAAUGAGUUGACAGAGAGGUGGAGAGAAAGAGAGACCCUGGAACAAUGAGUUGACAGAGAGGUGGAGAGAAAGAGAGAGUCUGGAACAGUGAGUUGACAGAGAGAGAUGGAGAGGGGAAGAGAAAGAGAGUGUCUGGAACAGUGAGUUGACAGAGAGAGGUGGAGAGAAAGAGAGACCCUGGAACAGUGAGUUGACAGAGAGAUUGAGAGGUGGAGAGAAAGAGAGACCCUGGAACAGUGAGUUGACAGAGAGAUGGAGAGGAGAAGAGAAAGAGAGAGUCUGGAACAGUGAGUUGACAGAGAGAUGGAGAGGGGAAGAGAAAGAGAGAGUCUGGAACAGUGAGUUGACAGAGAGAUGGAGAGGAGAAGAGAAAGAGAGAGUCUGGAACAGUGAGUUGACAGAGAGAUGGAGAGGGGAAGAGAAAGAGAGAGUCUGGAACAGUGAGUUGACAGAGAGAUGGAGAGGGGAAGAGAAAGAGAGAGUCUGGAACAGUGAGUUGACAGAGAGAGAUGGAGAGGUGGAGAGAAAGAGAGAGUCUGGAACAGUGAGUUGACAGAGAGAUGGAGAGGUGGAGAGAAAGAGAGAGCCUGGAACAGUGAGUUGACAGAGAGAUUGAGAUGUAGAGAGAAAGAGAGAGUCUGGAACAGUGAGUUGACAGAGAGAUGGAGAGGUGGAGAGAAAGAGAGACCCUGGAACAGUGAGUUGACAGAGAGAUUGAGAUGUAGAGAGAAAGAGAGAGUCUGGAACAGUGAGUUGACAGAGAGAUGGAGAGGGGAAGAGAAAGAGAGAGUCUGGAACAGUGAGUUGACAGAGAGAUGGAGAGGGGAAGAGAAAGAGAGAGUCUGGAACAGUGAGUUGACAGAGAGAUGGAGAGGGGAAGAGAAAGAGAGAGUCUGGAACAGUGAGUUGACAGAGAGAUGGAGAGGGGAAGAGAAAGAGAGAGUCUGGAACAGUGAGUUGACAGAGAGAUGGAGAGGUAGAGAGAAAGAGAGAGUCUGGAACAGUGAGUUGACAGAGAGAUGGAGACGAAGAGAGAAAGAGAGAGUCUGGAACAGUGAGUUGACAGAGAGAGAUGGAGAGGUGGAGAGAAACAGAGAGUCUGGAACAGUGAGUUGACAGAGAGAGGUGGAGAGAACGAGAGAUUCUGGAACAGUGAGUUGACAGAGAGAUGGAGAGGUAGAGAGAAAGAGAGAGUCUGGAACAGUGAGUUGACAGAGAGAUGGAGACGAAGAGAGAAAGAGAGAGUCUGGAACAGUGAGUUGACAGAGAGAGAUGGAGAGGUGGAGAGAAACAGAGAGUCUGGAACAGUGAGUUGACAGAGAGAGGUGGAGAGAAAGAGACAGUCUGGAACAGUGAGUUGACAGAGAGAUGGAGAGGUAGAGAGAAAGAGAGAGUCUGGAACAGUGAGUUGACAGAGAGAUGGAGACGAAGAGAGAAAGAGAGAGUCUGGAACAGUGAGUUGACAGAGAGAGAUGGAGAGGUGGAGAGAAACAGAGAGUCUGGAACAGUGAGUUGACAGAGAGAGGUGGAGAGAAAGAGAGAGUCUGGAACAGUGAGUUGACAGAGAGAUGGAGAGGUGGAGAGAAAGAGAGAGUCUGGAACAGUGAGUUGACAGAGAGAGGUGGAGAGAAACAGAGACCCUGGAACAGUGAGUUGACAGAGCGAGAUGGAGAGGGGAAGAGAAAGAGAGAGUCUGGAACAGUGAGUUGACACAGAGAUGGAGAGGGGAAGAGAAAGAGAGAGUAUGGACCAGUGAGUUGACAGAGAGAUGGAGAGGGGAAGAGAAAGAGAGAGUCUGGAACAGUGAGUUGACAGAGAGAUGGAGAGGGGAAGAGAAAGAGAGAGUCUGGAACAGUGAGUUGACAGAGAGAUGGAGAGGGGAAGAGAGAGUCUGGAACAGUGAGUUGACAGAGAGAUGGAGAGGGGAAGAGAAAGAGAGAGUCUGGAACAGUGAGUUUACAGAGAGAGGUGGAGAGAACGAGAGAUUCUGGAACAGUGAGUUGACAGAGAGAUGUAAAGGUGGAGAGAAAGAGAGAGUCUGGAACAGUGAGUUGACAGAGAGAUGGAGACGAAGAGAGAAAGAGAGAGUCUGGAACAGUGAGUUGACAGAGAGAGAUGGAGAGGGGAAGAGAAAGAGAGAGUCUGGAACAGUGAGUUGACAGAGAGAGGUGGAGAGAAAGAGAGAGUCUGGAACAGUGAGUUGACAGAGAGAUGGAGAGGUGGAGAGACAGAGAGACCCUGGAACAGUGAGUUGACAGAGAGAUGGAGAGGUGGAGAGAAAGAGAGAGACUGGAACAGUGAGUUGACAGAGAUGUGGAGGUGGAGAGAAAGAGAGAGUCUGGAACAGUGAGUUGACAGAGAGAGGUGGAGAGAAAGAGAGACCAUGGAACAGUGAGUUGACAGAGAGAGAUGGAGAGGGGAAGAGAAAGAGAGAGUCUGGAACAGUGAGUUGACAGAGAGAGGUGGAGAGAAAGAGAGAGUCUGGAACAGUGAGUUGACAGAGUGAUGGAGAGGUGGAGAGAAAGAGAGAGUCUGGAACAGUGAGUUGACAGAGAGAGGUGGAGAGAAACAGAGACCCUGGAACAGUGAGUUGACAGAGCGAGAUGGAGAGGGGAAGAGAAAGAGAGAGUCUGGACCAGUGAGUUGACAGAGAGAUGGAGAGGGGAAGAGAAAGAGAGAGUCUGGAACAGUGAGUUGACAGAGAGAUGGAGAGGGGAAGAGAAAGAGAGAGUCUGGAACAGUGAGUUGACAGAGAGAUGGAGAGGGGAAGAGAAAGAGAGAGAGUCUGGAACAGUGAGUUGACAGAGAGAGAUGGAGAGGGGAAGAGAAAGAGAGAGUCUGGAACAGUGAGUUGACAGAGAGAUGGAGAGGGGAAGAGAAAGAGAGAGUCUGGAACAGUGAGUUGACAGAGAGAUGGAGAGGGGAAGAGAAAGAGAGAGUCUGGAACAGUGAGUUGACAGAGAGAUGGAGAGGGGAAGAGAAAGAGAGAGUCUGGAACAGUGAGUUGACAGAGAGAGAUGGAGAGGGGAAGAGAAAGAGAGAGUCUGGAACAGUGAGUUGACAGAGAGAUGGAGAGGGGAAGAGAAAGAGAGAGUCUGGAACAGUGAGUUGACAGAGAGAGAUGGAGAGGGGAAGAUAAAGAGAGACCCUGGAACAGUGAGUUGACAGAGAGAUUGAGAUGUAGAGAGAAAGAGAGAGUCUGGAACAGUGAGUUGACAGAGAGAGGUGGAGAGAACGAGAGAUUCUGGAACAGUGAGUUGACAGAGAGUGGUGGAGAGAAAGAGACAGUCUGGAACAGUGAGUUGACAGAGAGAUGGAGAGGUAGAGAGAAAGAGAGAGUCGGGAACAGUGAGUUGACAGAGAGAUGGAGAUGAAGAGAGAAAGAGAGAGUCUGGAACAGUGAGUUGACAGAGAGAGAUGGAGAGGGGAAGAGAAAGAGAGAGUCUGGAACAGUGAGUUGACAGAGAGAGGUGGAGAGAAAGAGAGAGUCUGGAACAGUGAGUUGACAGAGAGAUGGAGAGGUAGAGAGAAAGAGAGAGUCUGGAACAGUGAGUUGACAGAGAGAGGUGGAGAGAAACAGAGAGUCUGGAACAGUGAGUUGACAGAGAGAUGGAGAGGUAGAGAGAAAGAGAGAGUCUGGAACAGUGAGUUGACAGAGAGAGGUGGAGAGAAAGAGAGAGUCUGGAACAGUGAGUUGACAGAGAGAUGGAGAGGGGAAGAGAAAGAGAGAGUCUGGAACAGUGAGUUGACAGAGUGAUGGAGAGGUGGAGAGAAAGAGAGAGUCUGGAACAGUGAGUUGAUGGAGAGGUAGAGAGAAAGAGAGAGUCUGGAACAGUGAGUUGACAGAGAGAGGUGGAGAGAAAGAGAGAGUCUGGAACAGUGAGUUGACAGAGAGAGGUGGAGAGAAAGAGAGAGUCUGGAACAGUGAGUUGACAGAGAGGUGGAGAGACAGAGAGAGUCUGGAACAGUGAGUUGACAGAGAGAUGGAGAGGGGAAGAGAAAGAGAGAGUCUGGAACAGUGAGUUGACAGAGAGAGAUGGAGAGGGGAAGAGAAAGAGAGAGUCUGGAACAGUGAGUUGACAGAGAGAUGGAGAGGGGAAGAGAAAGAGAGAGUCUGGAACAGUGAGUUGACAGAGAGAGGUGGAGAGAAAGAGAGAGUCUGGAACAGUGAGUUGACAGAGAGAUGGAGAGGUGGAGAGACAGAGAGACCCUGGAACAGUGAGUUGACAGAGAGAUGGAGAGGGGGAGAGAAAGAGAGAGACUGGAACAGUGAGUUGACAGAGAUGGGGAGGUGGAGAGAAAGAGAGAGUCUGGAACAGUGAGUUGACAGAGAGAGGUGGAGAGAAAGAGAGACCAUGGAACAGUGAGUUGACAGAGAGAGAUGGAGAGGGGAAGAGAAAGAGAGAGUCUGGAACAGUGAGUUGACAGAGAGAGGUGGAGAGAAAGAGAGAGUCUGGAACAGUGAGUUGACAGAGUGAUGGAGAGGUGGAGAGAAAGAGAGAGUCUGGAACAGUGAGUUGACAGAGAGAGGUGGAGAGAAACAGAGACCCUGGAACAGUGAGUUGACAGAGCGAGAUGGAGAGGGGAAGAGAAAGAGAGAGUCUGGAACAGUGAGUUGACAGAGAGAUGGAGAGGGGAAGAGAAAGAGAGAGUCUGGAACAGUGAGUUGACAGAGAGAUGGAGAGGGGAAGAGAAAGAGAGAGUCUGGAACAGUGAGUUGACAGAGAGAGAUGGAGAGGGGAAGAGAAAGAGAGAGUCUGGAACAGUGAGUUGACAGAGAGAUGGAGAGGGGAAGAGAAAGAGAAAGUCUGGAACAGUGAGUUGACAGAGAGAUGGAGAGGGGAAGAGAAAGAGAGAGUCUGGAACAGUGAGUUGACAGAGAGAUGGACAGGGGAAGAGAAAGAGAGAGUCUGGAACAGUGAGUUGACAGAGAGAGAUGGAGAGGGGAAGAGAAAGAGAGAGUCUGGAACAGUGAGUUGACAGAGAGAGGUGGAGAGAAAGAGAGAGUCUGGAACAGUGAGUUGACAGAGAGAUGGAGAGGGGAAGAGAAAGAGAGAGUCUGGAACAGUGAGUUGACAGAGUGAUGGAGAGGUGGAGAGAAAGAGAGAGUCUGGGACAGUGAGUUGACAGAGAGAGGUGGAGAGAAACAGAGACCCUGGAACAGUGAGUUGACAGAGCGAGAUGGAGAGGGGAAGAGAAAGAGAGAGUCUGGAACAGUGAGUUGACAGAGAGAUGGAGAGGGGAAGAGAAAGAGAGAGUCUGGAACAGUGAGUUGACAGAAAGAUGGAGAGGGGAAGAGAAAGAGAGAGUCUGGAAUAGUGAGUUGACAGAGAGAUGGAGAGGGGAAGAGAAAGAGAGAGUCUGGAACAGUGAGUUGACAGAGAGAGAUGGAGAGGGGAAGAGAAAGAGAGAGUCUGGAACAGUGAGUUGACAGAGAGAGAUGGAGAGGGGAAGAGAAAGAGAGAGUCUGGAACAGUGAGUUGACAGAGAGAUGGAGAGGGGAAGAGAAAGAGAGAGUCUGGAACAGUGAGUUGACAGAAAGAUGGAGAGGGGAAGAGAAAGAGAGAGUCUGGAAUAGUGAGUUGAUGGAGAGGGGAAGAGAAAGAGAGAGUCUGGAACAGUGAGUUGACAGAGAGAGAUGGAGAGGGGAAGAGAAAGAGAGAGUCUGGAACAGUGAGUUGACAGAGAGAGAUGGAGAGGGGAAGAGAAAGAGAGAGUCUGGAACAGUGAGUUGACAGAGAGAUGGAGAGGGGAAGAGAAAGAGAGAGUCUGGAACAGUGAGUUGACAGAGAGAGGUGGAGAGAAAGAGAGAGUCUGGAACAGUGAGUUGACAGAGAGAUGGAGAGGUGGAGAGACAGAGAGACCCUGGAACAGUGAGUUGACAGAGAGAUGGAGAGGUGGAGAGAAAGAGAGAGACUGGAACAGUGAGUUGACAGAGAGAUGGAGAGGUGGAGAGAAAGAGAGAGUCUGGAACAGUGAGUUGACAGAGAGAGGUGGAGAGAAAGAGAGACCAUGGAACAGUGAGUUGACAGAGAGAGAUGGAGAGGGGAAGAGAAAGAGAGAGUCUGGAACAGUGAGUUGACAGAGAGAGGUGGAGAGAAAGAGAGAGUCUGGAACAGUGAGUUGACAGAGUGAUGGAGAGGUGGAGAGAAAGAGAGAGUCUGGAACAGUGAGUUGACAGAGAGAGGUGGAGAGAAACAGAGACCCUGGAACAGUGAGUUGACAGAGAGAUGGAGAGGGGAAGAGAAAGAGAGAGUCUGGACCAGUGAGUUGACAGAGAGAUGGAGAGGGGAAGAGAAAGAGAGAGUCUAGAACAGUGAGUUGACAGAGAGAUGGAGAGGGGAAGAGAAAGAGAGAGUCUGGAACAGUGAGUUGACAGAGAGAUGGAGAGGGGAAGAGAAAGAGAGAGAGUCUGGAACAGUGAGUUGACAGAGAGAGAUGGAGAGGGGAAGAGAAAGAGAGAGUCUGGAACAGUGAGUUGACAGAGAGAUGGAGAGGGGAAGAGAAAGAGAGAGUCUGGAACAGUGAGUUGACAGAGAGAUGGAGAGGGGAAGAGAAAGAGAGAGUCUGGAACAGUGAGUUGACAGAGAGAUGGAGAGGGGAAGAGAAAGAGAGAGUCUGGAACAGUGAGUUGACAGAGAGAGAUGGAGAGGGGAAGAGAAAGAGAGACCCUGGAACAGUGAGUUGACAGAGAGAUUGAGAUGUAGAGAGAAAGAGAGAGUCUGGAACAGUGAGUUGACAGAGAGAGGUGGAGAGAACGAGAGAUUCUGGAACAGUGAGUUGACAGAGAGUGGUGGAGAGAAAGAGACAGUCUGGAACAGUGAGUUGACAGAGAGAUGGAGACGAAGAGAGAAAGAGAGAGUCUGGAACAGUGAGUUGACAGAGAGAGAUGGAGAGCUGGAGAGAAACAGAGAGUCUGGAACAGUGAGUUGACAGAGAGUGGUGGAGAGAAAGAGACAGUCUGGAACAGUGAGUUGACAGAGAGAUGGAGAGGUAGAGAGAAAGAGAGAGUCGGGAACAGUGAGUUGACAGAGAGAUGGAGACGAAGAGAGAAAGAGAGAGUCUGGAACAGUGAGUUGACAGAGAGAGAUGGAGAGCUGGAGAGAAACAGAGAGUCUGGAACAGUGAGUUGACAGAGAGAUGGAGAGGUAGAGAGAAAGAGAGAGUCUGGAACAGUGAGUUGACAGAGAGAUGGAGAAGGGAAGAGAAAGAGAGAGUCUGGAACAGUGAGUUGACAGAGUGAUGGAGAGGUGGAGAGAAAGAGAGAGUCUGGAACAGUGAGUUGACAGAGAGAGGUGGAGAGAAACAGAGACCCUGGAACAGUGAGUUGACAGAGCGAGAUGGAGAGGGGAAGAGAAAGAGAGAGUCUGGAACAGUGAGUUGACAGAGAGAUGGAGAGGGGAAGAGAAAGAGAGAGUCUGGAACAGUGAGUUGACAGAAAUAUGGAGAGGGGAAGAGAAAGAGAGAGUCUGGAAUAGUGAGUUGACAGAGAGAUGGAGAGGGGAAGAGAAAGAGAGAGUCUGGAACAGUGAGUUGACAGAGAGAGAUGGAGAGGGGAAGAGAAAGAGAGAGUCUGGAACAGUGAGUUGACAGAGAGAUGGAGAGGGGAAGAGAAAGAGAGAGUCUGGAACAGUGAGUUGACAGCGAGAUGGAGAGGGAAGAGAAAGAGAGAGUCUGGAACAGUGAGUUGACAGAGAGAUGGAGAGGGGAAGAGAAAGAGAGAGUCUGGAACAGUGAGUUGACA